AAAACAUUCGAUUGUAUUGAUUUUCUGAGGUCGGCCCCUAGAUUUUCAGGGAAUAUUCCUAGAAUUAUACUAUUAAUAACUCGGGUCCCUCACACAAAGGGGUACUGGAACUAUAUAAAAUUCUAGAACUGCAUAUUACAACUUCAUACAUUUAGUAAACUAGUUAUCUAUCGAUCCGUGUCCGCAGAACUUUUAACUAUAUUUUCGGUCUGUUUUGCGUGUAAUUUACCUUGUUUUAAGCUAAAAUGAGUGCUAUAGCGCAACAAGAGUCUUUUGUUAAGGAGAGUCUAUUUCAAUUUAUCAUUAAAAACGUUCCAAAAGCAGACUUAAAUGUUAUUGACGAUAUAGUCUUGUCUUAUGUGAUUUCGAUACUAGAAGAGGCAUCCCAGGAUCCCUGCUUCGAUGUUGAAGGAUUCAUCGAGAUGAUGGCAGCUUACGUACCGGAAUUCGCGCACAUCGACGCGGGCCUGGUCUGCUCCUGGGUUCUGGAACUGGAAGCCGAGAUCUCCCGUCACGAGGAGACCGACUCCAGCAAUGGCAACGAUGAUUCGAGCAGCGAUAAAGUGAGCCUUACCCUGCAGAGCCUCUCCGAGAUGCUGCCCCCACCACCGAAGAAUGAUCGCUCCCACACGAACUCCGAGAGUUCCGGCUCUGAGAAGGAGGUGGAAGGAGCCGGGGUGAACAUACCCACCUUGGAAGUUCAUCAGUGCCAGGUGCUGGCUGAGAUGUUUCCUAACGCAUGCGCUAUGGAGAUAAAGCACUGCCUCUCAAUUGCCUUUGGCGACGUGGAAAGGGCGGCCGCAACCUUGCUCCACCGCAGGGAGUUGGGCCUCACUCAGUCGGCUCUACACGCUCCGGUCCACCGGACAAAGCCGGUUGACGAACAAGAGGUCAAGCAGAGAAUAAUCGAUCGUUACUCGUACGUGGACGAAAACUCUGGUACGAAGGAGCAUAGGCCCUUGGCCCCCAAGAUCGAGCCCAAAAAGAUGGUCCGGUACAGGGACAAUAAGAUCGUCUCGUUGAAGGGGGAGCGUUAUACCGAGGUCCCCAAAUCCGGCGCCGACGAGGAACACCUGAAGAAGCCCAAGAAGCAGCAUGCCCCUUAACCAUUACCCAGAAGUCAGUACAAUGGAAGUGCGGCGCAAGCGCCUUUCCCCUCGUCUGCCUCCCAAAUUGAUGUUGUGUACUCGACUCGUCCGUACGUAUAUGCCGAAUUGUUUUACCGGUCCCAUUUGAACUUCUCCAGAAUCCAAAAUCCAAAAUUAGUGACGUCACUGAACACGUGCGUUUUCUUUAGUAACCGCAAUGGUUACGGUGACGCGCAAUGUAUCGCAUUCCCUUAUGUUUCAAGCGUUUUUACUGACGCUGGCAACACCGAAGCUGAUUCGAUGGUUUUAUUGUUAUCAGGCAAAGGCGUAUUCGCUUGUGCGAUAUUUUUUCGUAACGCCAACAAAACGAUGGAAUGUGACGGAGACUUGUUUAAAAUCGAUUCGGUCCGAUCGAAAUUAAUUCUCGAUUUAACUAGUCAUAGUGAGGCGACACGUGACCCGAAUCGCUUCGAAGCAAACACAAUGUGUUCAUGUCUGAUGCAUAUGAAUUUGAAUAAUAGUUUAUUAUUAUUAAUAUAUGUAUUAUCAUAUGUAAAUGCGUACGGACGAUAUAAUAAUAUAUUUAGUGUUAGGUCAUCGAAAGCGCGUCAUACGACCGUAAUAGGUUGUCCACCGUCAUUUUGUUGUACUGAUUUAUUUAAAAGACUUUUGUCUCGAAUUAAUUUAUUUAAUAUAUUUAUUCGUAAUUUUAAGUUUAUUGAAUUAAUUCGCAGUAUUAUUAUUAUUAUUUGGAUCGUUUUAGUUAUUAUUUGGGACGAGACUUCGUUCGUGUACUUUAGUAAGUGUUACGUGAUAUAUCUAGUUUCGUCUGUAACGUCAUUUGUGAUUUUAAACGUUACGACAAUUAAUAUGAUUCCUAUUAACGAUACGUUUUACACGUCUGUGAUUUUGAUGCCAUUUUUAUUUUUAAUUUUAAUCCCUAAAUUAAUUAUUUUACGUUUUGCGUCCGGUGUGACGUGAUGCCGUACGUGAGCGCGGUCUGUUUCAAUGAUUCCCUUCGAAUUGACAGAUGACGUCUCUGACCGACGUCAGUGUGACAGUUCUGAUUUUUGGCAACUUUGACGUUUCGAUGCGUAGGCAUCGUAAGCGAUGACGUUUGACAAGUUUGACGUUUGUGUAUUAUGUCUUGGGCGUUCGAAGUGAAACUUAUGGUGUGCCUACUAAAAUAUAAGCCCGACGGCGAAUAUUCGCUGGUUUUCGUAACAAUGACUGUGACAGUCGCUCUGUCUGUAAAGAAAAAAAGAGAAAGAUAUAAUAUAGUGUAACUAAAACUACAUACUUUUACAAUUUAAACCUUUUUAGUGCGGAGCAUAUUUUUUUCAUAUUUUGCAGAAAUUGCUGAAGUAGGACUUUUAAAGAAAUAUAAAAUAUCGAUACUAAAUUCAGAGCAAAAUAAUUUUGAACUAUGCGCGCGCUCUAAGAUACGUCCAUUCGGGUCGAUGCCUAAUACCUGUAAUCGAACUGCGCUAUAGUCGGUAUUUCAACGCUCCGUCGCACUUUAUACACAUUAAUAGAGAGUCGAUCUAUCGACUCAAGUAUUCAAAGCGUCGCAACUAAUUUUUUUUAUUGCUUAGAUGGGUGGACGAGCUUACAGCCCACCUGGUGUUAAGUGGUUACUGGAGCCCAUAGACAUCUACGACGUAAAUGCGCCACCCACCUUGAGAGAUGAGUUCAAGAUCUCAAGUAUAGUUACACCGGCUGCCCCACCCUUCAAACCGAAACGCAUUACUGCUUCACGGCAGAAAUAGGUAGAGCGGUGGUAACUACCCGUGCGGACUCACAAAACGUCCUACCACCAGUAAUUACGCAAAUUAUAAUUUUGCGGGUUUGAUUUUUAUUACAUGAUGUUAUUCCUUCACCGUGGAAACCGAUCGUGAACAAUUGUUAAGUACGUAUUUCAUUAGAAAAAUUGGUACCCGCCUGCGGUAUUCGAACACCGGUGCAUCGCUAGAUACGAAUGCAGAAUGCACCGACGUCUUUAUCCUUUAGGCCACGACGAUUUCUAAAUCAUUAUUAUCAGGGGCAUCAGUAACUUCUUUCCUGUGAUAGUAAAAAAAGUAAAUGAAAGGCUUUAUCUUACAGCUACGAAUGAAUCAUUGAAACAAAUCAUUUAAGAUGUACCUUCUUUAUACCUACUUAGACUGAUUUUAAUGGAUGUUUUUUUUUUAUAUAAAUAUAUGUAUAUAUAUAUAAGUGAUCUCAUGCAAUGAGGAAUGAAUUCUUUAUGUUUUUUGUGUUUGUUUUUUUUUUAUUUGUAUCGUAAGAAUAAGUGAGGAUUCAUGAAGAAGUUAUCUAACUAUUGCCUGAACCAAAAUUUCGAAACGUUUUUGACGUAAAUGAUUUUGAAAACAGACCUUAUUAAGUUUUAACCUCUUCAGGGAUUAUGGCACAUAUGAGUGUACGAUUUUUUUUUUAAAUAAUGUACAAAUUUAACUCUACGCUAAAUGGCCACAUAUUUGACCUAUUUUUUUUAAAUUAAUGGAAUGAAAUGAAAAAAAUGAACGGAGUAAAAAAAUUACUGUCAUCUAGUUUUAAUAUGCAUGGUGAUUCCCAAGGUUUUUUUUUAUUGCCCUUGUAGGCAGACGGGCGUAGGGCUCACCUGAUGGUGAGUGGUUACCGUCGCACAUGGACUUCAGCACUGCAGAGCCAAGCCGCUGCCUACCGAGUCUGGCCACUCUCUAUAAAUAUAAUGAUUCGCCGUAAUAGAAGCUCUUCCCGCCGAGGCUAUUAAAGUGAAAAAAGGUUAUCAAUUUCAGAAUUCAAUAUGAAUAAAAUAAUAAAACCUCACUUAAUUUUACGGAUACGUUUUACCUAACUAUAGUUAGCUCAGCUAAAAAUUUUGAAAAUUGACAAGACCAUCGGUUGACAUUUUGGAUUUGCUGUCACUGUCACGUACGAGGUGUGUAGGGACAGAUCCCUGUGCCGAAACGACUACUAGCGAACGCGAACCGGAAACAAUUUUGUUUUAGAACUGCUAUAUUGGUUUAUCAACACUUGGGCUGUGCGGGUGGGUUUUUGAGGUGCAAUUUUACUGUUUACAACUGGACUAUGGAGGGUAGAGGUAAGUUGCACCGUCUUGUAUAAGGUACAAGUUGAAAAAGAGUGGUAGCUUAUGGCGCUAUUUUUAAAAUCCUUCCACAUGCUAUUGUGUCGCCACCUAAUUGGCUGCUCCCUUUCAGCGGACACUUUCUAAUACACUGAGAGGGUGCUUCUUACUUCUAACUUCCAUAUACAAAACUAAGCCUAAAAUAAUUGCAGUUCUGAUAUUUAAUGAAGCCGCAGUGCAAUCAGAUCGUAUCUCAAUGCCUUGUGCGGUUUCGCGCGUUAUUUACUGUCACAUGUCAUAAAAGUCAUUUGAACUUUGAAGUAAAAAAAAAAACAAUAAUUAUACGAAUACAUAUCGACGCUUGAAAGGCAAACGUGACUAAGCGACAAUGCGUGAACUUUACAGUAGAGUAAUUUAUAGCUGAAAUACCUGAAAAAAAAUCUAUUUUAACGAAUCUAGCUGUAGCGUUGAAAUGAUUUUAAUAGACCCAGAAAUAUAUUUUUUUUUGCGCAUCGAAUAUGGUUAUUGCCUAUCAUUUAUGUACAAAGCAGUUAUUGUCGCUUAGUCACGUUUGCCUUUCAAGCGUCGAUAUGUAUAUAAUUGUUUUGUUUUGCCCUUAUCCUGUCGACAAUUAACGGUUCUACGCAUCUGGUCGGUGUUUGGCUAUGUGGUCUGUUAAUGACAUGGUCAAAAAUAAAACGUACACUAGUCAAUCUAAGAAAAUGUGAUACGCAUUGAACGAAAACAACCGAUGGCGCUUUUGUGUUGUAUAUUUAUUUGUUUGUCUAGACUUAAAAUUAAAAUUGAAUUUUAGCCAAAAUUCGGUGCUAAAUUAAUGAUUCGAAUUGACUUAGAGAUUGCCAAAAGAAAAGAUAAAAAAAAUGCAUUUUUACAAGUCUAAAAAAAUUUUUUAAAACUCUUCGUUCUGUUAUUUAAAUUGUUCUAUUUAUUUUUAGAUUUUUUUAUUUUUAUUUUUAUUAUGUGUGUUUUACGUCGUAAUAUUGUGUAAACUAAAAGCGAACGUUUUUUAAUCAAAUUUAAAUAUUGACAUAGAGAAAAUAAAAAAUUAAAAAAAGUUUUAUUUUUACUCUAUCGAAAUAGUUCUAUUUUGUAAUGAAAUUAAUAUUUUAAUAUGAAUUUUAACAAGAUUAUUUACUGUUAUUGUGGAUGGUCGCAUUUAGGACUGCUAGCUCGGUAAAGGUAAUAAUUUAUUUAUAGGUACAAUUUCGCUUUCGGUACAUAAUAUUCGCCCUGCUUAGACAAGGUUACAAAGGCUAUGUUUAUUUCAAAGAAUCUCAUUAAAUCAACAAUUAAUAAUCUAAUUCUCAUUCACUUGGAACGAAUGAUAGGAUUUUUUUUUUAAUUCACAAUAUGCUUCUAGGUUAAGUCUACCAAUUAUAUUUAAGAAUUGCAGUUUUGUACAGAUGUUUAUAUUUUUUUGUUGUAUAAUAUCUUUAAUUAAAUAGGAUUAAUUUUGUAAUGAAUAUUAUCUGUAAGACGUAAUAAUUAUAAGUUUUAAAUGCAAUUUAAAUCGAAUAUUUGUAUGAAAAAAAAAACAAGUGAAUGAGAUUGAUUUAAAAAGAAUUCAGAUGAAUGAAUGAGUUAAGAACUUAAUUUUGACAUUGAAAAUUAGUUUUAAUUUUGAUGAAUCUUUCGUCUCUAUUACGAGACAAGCCUAUUUAAAACAUUCCAAUCCACCCGGUCAAUUCGCUCAUUCGUUCGUGUGGUAUCAAAAUCACAGAUUUUUCAAACGUUCUCGGGAACAAUGUCGCAUUUAUUUUCUGUAUGAGUUUUUUUUUUAAUUUAAUCUUAAUACGUGUGUGUUUUUUUUGUAAUUUUGCGUUUAUGAUUUUUUUUUAAUGGUGGGCGCGCACUAUUUGAUGUCAUAUCUAGAAAAUGUGUGAAUACAAAUAAUGUAUUCAGAUAAUAUCGAUUUCCCCCCUA